AAUACGAUCUAAUAAUAGAUUUCUUCGAUCUACUAUUAUAAAUUUCCUAUAGAAGAAAUUUCUGAUGAGGAAAGGAGAAUCAUAACUCCAGUAUGGCGUCAGGCGAUCACUUGAUAGUGGCAGCUGUUGAUUUUGGAACCACAUUUUCUGGUUAUGCCUUUUCGUUCUUACAUGAAUACCAAAAGGAUCCUACGAAGUGUUCCACAUUUACCUGGACGGCGGGAAGCGGGGGCCUCCAAUCACUGAAGACCUCUAGUUGUGUCCUCUUUGACAAGCAUGGAAACUUCCAUUCUUGUGGAUUCGAGGCUGAGGACAAAUAUUCCGAACUUGCUCUGGACGAGGAGCAUCAUGACUGGAUGUUCUUUAAGCGAUUCAAGAUGAAUCUUUACAAACAAAUUGGAAUAAGGAGAGAUUUUAAGCUGGAAGCUGACAACGGUAAACAGAUGGAUGCCAUGAAAGUCUUUUCCAAAGUUAUCGAAUACUUAAAAGAUCACCUUGUGGAGAAAUGCAAGAGCCAGCAAACCUCGCUGGAUGUAGGAGACAUUAUGUUCGUGAUCACCGUUCCCGCCAUCUGGACUGACCCUGCCAAGCAGUUCAUGAGGGAAGCAGCUGAAAUGGCAGGCAUUGAUAAAGAUGAUUUGGUGAUAGCACUGGAGCCCGAGGCUGCUUCCCUCUUUUGUAAACACGUGCCCAUAGAGAAAAUGACAGGGUCCUCUGGAAAAGGUUUCAACGUAUUCUCUCCGGGUUCGGCAUACAUCGUACUUGAUGCCGGAGGAGGUACCAUUGAUAUAACAGUGCAUCAGGUGCAGCAAAAUGGCACCCUGAAAGAAAUUCACAAGGCAAAUGGAGGAGACUGGGGUGGAACAAAAGUUGAUGAAGCAUUCAGAGAAUUGCUAGAAGACAUCGUGGGAAAGAAAGUCAUGGAGAAAUUUUGUAAGGAUUACAAAUACGACAUGCUGGAACUUUUUAGAAAUUUUGAAGUAAAAAAGCGCACGAUUACCCCAGACUUGGACGAGAAGAUAACAUUUAAGGUGCCAAUUAGUUUGAAUGAAACUUUUAAGGCUGCAAACAAGUGCGACAUCAAAGAUACUUUGAAGAGAAAUCCAAAAUACAAAGAUCAAAUAAACUGGAUGGGCGACAAACUCAGAAUGAGUGCAAAUAUCGCUAAAGGUCUUUUCAGUAAUUCGGUUAGCCAUAUCGUGGAGCAUCUGAAAAACCUUGCACAGAUCCCGGAAGUCAGUAAAGCAACCUACAUUCUGAUGGUUGGCGGUUAUUCUGAAUCGCCAAUGCUCCGCGAUGCAGUAAUGGUGGCCUUCAAAAAUAAGAAAGUCGUCGUUCCUAACGAGGCUGGAUUAUCAGUUUUGAAGGGUGCCGUGAUAUUUGGCCACGAGCCAUCCACAAUUCAAUGCCGAGUGAGCAAAUAUACAUAUGGUAUUGGAACAUCAAUUCCAUUUGACGAACACGAACAUGAUUGGUCCAGACGAAUGGAGACUAGCACUGGAGAAGUGUUGUGCACGGGAGUAUUUCAUAAGCACGUGGAAAUCAAUCAACAAAUCGAAGUUGGAAUCCCACAAGCAGAACAAACAUAUACUGUCACGGAACCACACCAAACAAGAAUGACAUUAGAAGUUUAUAUUUCAAAAGAUCCCAAUCCAAUGUACGUUGAUGAAGAUGGAGAUGACGACAGCUAUGACUCUGAGAUUGACUGGUUUAAUGAGCAAGAGAAAUGCAUUUAUCUUGGAGAACUAGACAUCGAUAUCCCAGGCGAGGGACUGGGACGAUCAGCAACUGCUGCAAUGACAUUCAGCGGAACUGAGCUUAAGGUCGAAGCUUGGAAUGAAGGUGGAGAAUACACAGAAGCCUCAUUUGAUUUGUUGGAGUAAUUUUUAUUCAGGCUUCGAGAACGAACUAUGCGUGCAUUUUUCUUUAACAAUAAAAGAAAAUAAAAAGGACAAGUUUUAAUUUUUUUAAUCGCUUAAUAUUUUGGGAAAUAUAAUGUAGCUUGCCGUACCCAAAUUACCGGUAUAUUCUGAUUAUGAUUUCA